CCAGUUCCUUCCUCUUCUCCGCCAGCCAUCCUCUUCCUCCUCCUCCUCUCCCUCCUGUCGGCUGCUGGAGCAGCGGGGUGGAGGGAGCAGGGCCAGGUUGGCACUCGGGAGGGACCCAGGGAAUGCUGGCCCACAGCCCACACCCACUCCCGUGCUGCCCAUCCCUGUGAUGGUGCAAUCCCGAGGUACCGGCUUCACCCCCUGCUGCAGUGGUGCAGGGCGUUAGCGCUCCCGUGGGGCCAGGAGGCAGCUGGGUGGAAAGCUCAUCCCGGGGGCUGUCGCCGCCCUGAGCCUCAUGGUCAUUUAAUACUUCACCCAUUAACUUGGACUAAUAAACCCCGUGGGAGCGAGAGGCUAAAAGCUGUGCCAGCCGGGCAGAGCCUCUUCCACAAGCACCGUGCCCGCAGCCUCACCAUGGCGGCUGGCUUCUUCAUCAGCAAGAGCGUGGGCAUCGUGGCCAUCGUGCUGGCCCUGGGGGCUGUGGCCACCAUCAUCGCACUCUCAGUGGUCUACGCCCAGGAGAAGAACAAGGUGACGGACGUUGGCACCACCACCACCACCACAGCCGCCCCCCGCCCCACCACGGCCGGCCCCCCCAUCACGGACACUGCCCCCACCACCGCUGUGUCCCCCUCCUCCGCUGGCCCCGAAUACGCUUGGAACCGGUGGCGGCUGCCGACGACGCUGACGCCAGAGUCCUAUGAGGUGACCUUGCAGCCCUUCCUGACACCCGAUGCCAACAAUGUCUACAUCUUCAAGGGCAACAGCAGUGUGGUCUUCAUCUGCACAGAAGCCACCGACCUCAUCCUCAUCCACAGCAACAAGCUGAACUACACCCUGCAAGGGUCCUUCCACGCCUCGCUGCAGGCGGUGGACGGCUCUAGGGUGCCCCCCAUUUCCAGCACCUGGCUGGAGACCCCCACCCAGUACCUGGUGGUGCAGUUGGGCAGCUCGCUGCAGCGGGGCCAGCGCUACCGUCUCAUCACCAUCUUCACGGGGGAGCUGGCUGAUGACUUGGCUGGCUUCUACCGCAGCGAAUAUGUGAAUGCCUCAGGCGUCAAGAAGGUGGUGGCCACCACGCAGAUGCAGGCGGCGGACGCGCGGAAAGCCUUCCCCUGCUUUGAUGAGCCAGCCAUGAAAGCCAACUUCACAGUGACGCUGAUCCACCCCUCUGACCACAAGGCCAUUUCUAACAUGCCGGUCACGAGGACCUGGCAGCAGCAGAUUGAUGGGAAGAGCUGGAAUGUCACUGAGUUUCAGACCACCCCCAGGAUGUCCACGUACCUGCUGGCCUUCAUUGUCAGCCAAUUCGACUAUGUGGAGAGCAAUGAGAGCAAUGUGCUGAUUCGCAUCUGGGGCCGCCCCGAGGCCAUCGCCGAGGGCCAGGGCAGCUACGCGCUCCAGGUGACAGGCCCUAUCCUCAGCUUCUUUGAGAAGCACUACAACACGUCAUACCCGCUGCCCAAAUCCGACCAGGUCGGCCUCCCCGACUUCAAUGCAGGCGCGAUGGAGAACUGGGGGCUGGUGACUUACCGUGAGAACUCGCUGCUCUUUGACAACGCCUACUCCUCCAUCGGCAACAAGGAGCGGGUGGUGACCGUCAUUGCCCAUGAGCUGGCUCACCAGUGGUUCGGGAACCUGGUGACCCUGCGGUGGUGGAAUGACUUGUGGCUGAACGAGGGUUUUGCCUCCUACGUGGAGUACCUGGGCGCCAACGCAGUGGAGAAGACCUGGAACAUCAAAGACCUGAUGGUGCUGAAUGAGGUGUACACGGUGAUGGCAACAGACGCCCUGGCCACCUCCCACCCACUCUCCUUCCGCGAGGAUGAGGUCAACACCCCAGCUCAGAUCAGUGAGGUCUUUGACAGCAUCGCCUACAGCAAGGGAGCGUCAGUGCUGCGGAUGCUCUCCGACUUCCUCACCGAGGAUGUGUUCAAGGAGGGGCUGCAGUCCUACCUCCACACCUUCGCCUACGGGAACACCGUCUACACUGACCUCUGGUCUCAUCUGCAAGAGGCUGUGGUGAAGUACAAUGUCCCGCUGCCCGACUCCAUUAGCAGGAUCAUGGACCGCUGGACGCUGCAGAUGGGCUUCCCCUUGGUCACCGUCGACACCCGCACCGGUAUUGUCAGGCAGACACACUUCCUGCUCGACCCCAACUCCACGGUGGACAGACCCUCCAUCUUCAACUACAUCUGGAUCGUCCCCAUCACCUGGAUGACACGUGACACCCUUGGGGACAGGUACUGGCUGACUGAUAUCUUAGAAACCAAUAACCAGUUCAAGGUGAACAGCUCCAGCUGGCUCUUGCUGAACCUGAACGUCAGCGGCUACUUCCGCGUCAACUACAACCAGGAGAACUGGGACCAGCUCCUUGGCCAACUCACCACUGACCACCAGGUGAUCCCUGUCAUCAACCGUGCCCAGAUCAUCGAUGAUGCCUUCAACCUGGCCAGGGCUGGUUACGUCAACGUGACCUUGGCCUUGAACACCACGCGGUUCCUGAACCAGGAGACAGCGUACAUGCCCUGGCAGGCGGCGCUCAACAACCUCCGGUACUUCCAGCUGAUGUUUGACCGCAGCGAGGUCUUCGGGGUGAUGCAGAAAUACAUCCAGAAGCAGGUGACUCCCCUCUUCAACUACUACAAGAACCUCACCAACGACUGGGUCAACAUCCCCAGUGGCCUGAUGGACCAGUACAACGAGAUCAACGCCAUCAGCACAGCCUGCUCCUACGGCAUCACUGAGUGCCAGGAACUGGCCACCAAAUAUUUCCACCAGUGGCAGCAAAACAUCACUAGGAACCCGAUCCCCCCAAACCUGCGCUCCUCCAUCUACUGCAGUGUAGUGGCCACAGGCGGGGAGGAGGCCUGGAACUUCAUCUGGGAGAGGUUCCAGGAGGCCACUGUCGUGUCUGAGGCCGACAAGCUCCGCACGGCCCUUUCCUGCAGCCCCCAGCCCUGGAUCCUCAACCGGUAUCUGCAGUACACCCUGGACCCCAACAAGAUCCGGAAGCAGGAUGCCACCGCCACCAUCAACAGCAUUGCCAGCAAUGUGGUGGGGCAGCCCCUGGCCUGGGACUUCAUCCGUGGCAACUGGAGGAUGCUUUUCAGCCAGUACGGGGGUGGCUCCUUUUCCUUCUCCCGGCUGAUUUUAUCGGUGACCCAGCGGUUUUCCACAGAGUAUGAGCUGCAGCAGCUGGAGCAGUUCAAGGCAGACAACCAGGACAUCGGCUUUGGGUCGGGGACACGGGCGCUGGAGCAGGCACUGGAGAGGACCCGCGCCAACAUCAACUGGGUGAAGGAGAACCGGCAGCCAGUGCUGGAUUGGUUCCAGGGCGAGACUACCCUCAGAUAACCCUGCGGCCCCUGCCGCUGUGCACCCUCCUCCCCGCCCAGCCAUGGGGCCUGGAGCUCCCGGCACCCACCGCCCCACUGCUGGGAUGGGCCCUUGCCCACUCCCCUGCUCCACACACUCCAUUCUCUCUGACCCCCAGCCCCAAAUGCUCCUCCUGGCAGCCCCCCCACGCCAGACCCCCGCUGCUGGUGAGGGGCAGGGGCUGCUGCCUGUGGGCAGGGCCUGACGCCUGUAUGAUGAGCAGCAGAGGGGGGCUGGGGGGGCUUUGGGGUGGGAGGGGGGGACCCAGCAGU